CUCUAGGUGCGUGGACGUCAGCAGUUGCCGCGCGAGGGCUCAGUAGUUGUGGCGCAUGGGCUUAGCUGCUCCACAGCAUUUGUGAAAUCCAUAGAGCAGAAAGAAAGCUUACUAUUCUCUCUUGAGCGUGAAAACAGUUAAUGUUUCAGUGAGGUUAGGACAUGCAUCUAUGGCCUCCUGAGCUAUGGAACAUGAAUAUCCUCCCUCUCUGGUCUUCCAAAAGUAGGAGCCUCCUUAUUUACCCACCUCACUACUGGUUAGGUCAGUCUAGGGAUUGAGAAAUAUGAAAAGCCACAGGUUGACAUGGUGAAGUGUUACUGCCACAUUGGAAGGUGAGUCAUACCAAAGUACAAAGUACUAGGCACAUUCUUAUCAACUCCCUCUUGUUUGAACAGGGUAGCCAAAUUUUUUUUUUUAAUAUUUAUUUAUUUGGCUGCGCCGGGUCUUAGUUUUGGCACGUGGGAUCUUAGUUGCGGCAUGCAGGAUCUAGUUCCCUGACCAGGGAUCGAGCCUGGGCCACCUGCAUUGGGAGCGUGGAGUCUUAGCCACUGGACCACCAGGGAAGCCCCAGUGUAGCAAAUAUUAUCCUCAGUCUUUAUAGGUGCAGAAAAAUAAGUAAGUGAAAUUUCUUACAUUCCACAAGUUACUGAGCAAGUCCUAGGGCCACGAUUCCUAAAGCCACAACACCUGUUUUGACAAGCAUCGCUGCCGUACUACCUUCUCACUGCUUUCUUCCCCAGGCCCAGAAAACACACAUUUAUGAUCAUUCAAAGAGCCUAAGGAAGUGACCUAAGUCUGUGCAAAAUGGAAACAGAAAAGAGUCAAAACACGUCCAGUGUCUUUUAGGUCCUGUGUUCGUUAGAUUCCCUUGAUUGCAGGUGACAGAACUUCCAAUCCAAAAAGGCUUAUGCAGGAAAAGGACUCCACUGACUCAAAUUAGUGAAAAGUAGUCGGGCAGAAAACCUCAGGCACAGCUUGAGCAAGGCUCAGAUAAUGUUAUCAGGAGCCAGACAGUGUCUAGGGUCACAUCUGCCCUCCUCUCUGUUUCAGGUGGUGAGUCUCUGAAGUAAUGCCAAUCUUCAUGCUUCCAGGGCCCAUGGCCAGUUGGAAAGAUCAAGUCCACUUUUGCAAAGACUCCAACCAAAGUUCUAGAUCGAGUCUCAAUUGGCUCUUAUGGACAAUAUUAGGUCACAAGCCCACCCCUGAGUCAAUCGUCAUAUUUCAGUGGGAUGGGUCAUGCUGAUCGGCACAGUGCUUCUUCCCUAGGGCUGAGCUCACCCAGACCAUGUGGACUGAGACAUGGAGAGUUGUGUAUCCUCCAAAUGAAAGCAGAGCCUGUGACUGGGGAAAGCACGCAGGCACACUACGAAUGCACAUUGAAAAAGCAUGAACGCUACCUGGUCCUCUGCCGUCAUCCUGAGGUCUCUGUGGCUGCAGUCAGACGGAGGCGGUAAGUCCGAACUUCUCCGAGGCCUCAAGGGGCUCAAGGGUGCACCUUCACAACAGCAGCGAAGGGGUCGUCCACCACCACCCGCCGGGAAAGCCAGAUUAGCCUCAAUCUCCGCGCUCAGGCGCAGGGCAGCAGCUCGCUCGGCGUCUUCCCGUGCCGGCCCGCCCUGCCCUCGGAUUGGCCGGGGACGCAGUGACAUCACGUCCUUCCCGGCAGGGCGCGCGUGCAGCUCUAGGCUCCCGUGGAGCCGCCAGGUGCGACGGUCCGGCGGUCAGGCGAGCUGGUGCAGGCUCGCGGCGUCUCAGUCCCGGAUCUCGGCCACAGUGGGCGCCCCUCUGGCAAGCGCACUAAAAAAACCACAAGAAUCUUGGCCUCAUAAGGCUAACCCCCACUCCCACCUACAAACCCAGUGUUGUAACCCUGCACCAACUUUCCCUUCAAUUUCAGGCCCAGGAGUUGGGUAGCGGGAUUCAAAGCCACAGAGGGAAGUUGGGAGCGUCCUUGUGAAGGGAGAAGGAAAGGCAUCUUCUUCAAAAGCCUAACGUUUCCUUGAAUAUUAUCUUGGAAAGCCUCUUGUUUGUGGUCCAGGUGCCGCUACCAGUGAGUUUCCAGCCUGGCCUAUGGCCGAUACCAGCCGGCCACGCCCCCUUGGUGAGGGGAGGGUUCUGGGCUUUCCCAUUAUCAAUUAGCUGGAAAUUGCACGUAAACGUGUCCUGGCCUAACAAAGCCUGUUCUGAUCUAUGGCUUCCAGCUGAACGAACACCAGGAAACAGGCUGCAGGUGGUGGAGUACGCCAAAGGUAUUGUGCUUCUUCCACUUACCGGCUUACAUUUUCUGAUGAAAGCUGAUUUGUAGAAUGAAGCCUCCAUAUUUGAAUUUUGAGGGUUGAAAAUAGAGGGUUGCACGGAUAACAAACUGAGGUACUGCCAGACCACGUUGAUUGUGAUCAUAGUUGCUCUUGCUAGUUUCCUCAUUCAUUCUGUGCAGACAAGGAAGAUUAUUUCCAUUGUCUAGCAUAGCAUCUGGUACAUGGUAGGUGCUUUAUAAUGCCCUACACAUUCUGCAGAACUGGAGUGAUCAUUCUCCCAUCACCUGUAAAUCUGGAGGUAUUUUUGCCUAUGUUGGCACUGCCAUCAUUCUUUAAAACUAUAUUUUAUGAAAGAAACUCUGUGUUCUUACUGUUUGCGGAAGUUCUGAGGUUCCCAAUGAUUUCAAAUGCCAAGCAGUGAAAGGGGACUGAAUAACACACUUAUGAUCUGUGUUUUUACUCUGGAUUCAUGGAAUCUGAUCAUCAUUUACCUCUCUUUGUAUAUUUUUCUUUCCUCCACCCCUAAACAAAAUGAAAGGACUCCACAAUGCAAAGGGUGAAGGAAAGAUAACUGUUUAUUUCAGUUGAGCAGACAAGCAUGUCAAGCAAAUGAAGACAGAAGAACACAUAAGAGUAUAUUGGGAGACGGAAACAGAUUCUUUUUGAUUAGCCCCUACUGUUACUAGAGAGAAAAAAUGUCUUCAGAUAACCAGUGGUCAGCAGAUGAGAACGAAGGCCUGUUAUCCCGACUGAUCAGGAAAUCUAGAGAUUCCCCCUUUGUCCCUGUAGGGAUAGCAGGCUUUACGACUGUGGGGUCCUAUGGUCUUUACAAGUUAAAACACAGAAGAGAUCAGAAAAUGUCCAUUCAUCUUAUUCACAUGAGAGUUGCUCCCCAAGGAUUUGUUGUAAGAGCUGUGACUCUAGGUGUUCUCUAUUCUAUGUAUAAGGAUUAUAUUAGACCUCGAUCCUUCAAUGUGUCCAAAAAAUGAAGCUUCAGACAAGAAAAACAAGAAGCCUUCUGAAAACUAUUUAUUAUGAAGAAUUUUUAAUAUGUAGCAAAUUAUACUGCAGAAGUUUCAGCCGGAAUUCUCACAGACUUCAUUCCAAAUCAACAGAGUCAGCUCAAAAAUAUCCUUCUUGAUGUCUUUCAAAGGCUAGGCCAUGAUUUUCUGACUUUUAAAAUUUUUAUUUUCUAGUUAGUGGCAGAAUAUAAUCUAUAUUACGCCAAAUCAAUCUGAAAAUUAGGAGUUAUAUAGUGGCUACAGAAAAAUUUUCUCUAUCCAUAUUAAAUGUGAUGCUCUAUUCACAGCUUAAUUCUCCACAAACAGGGCAAGGUAAUUAAGGCUUUCAUAAACUCCUUUCUAGAAUGGGCAAAAAUUACAUCAGAGGAGAAUGGCCAUGUUGUUAUUUAAAUCUGGUUCACCACUGUGCACCUCACUCUUACAUAAAAAUUUGACUAUUCUUCCACAAACGUAAAGGUCUUAACAUUUAAAUAUUUGUGUAUUCAUUUUUAUACUUGUUGAAAGUACUUCUAGGAGUACAAAGGUAAAUUGCUAAAAAAAAUCCCUUUUCCCUCAGAUGGCAGUAUUGAGGGAAAAAAGGAUUUAGUCCAGAAGUGCUACUGCUAAUCUGGUAUGACACUGUAGAAAACACAAGAAACAAAGAAGAUAUUAAAUGUUAAGUAUACCCGUGGCAUCAAACUCCUCUGUAAUUGCCCUAGGGUUCUAAAAACUAAGCUAGACCUUGUUGAAGUCAUAAUUGCCAUGGCUCAGAUUUAUUCCCUGACUCCAGGCCUGGGAAAGAAAACAAAACAAAACAAAAAAAUACCCACUGAGAUAAAAUCAAGAAUACACUGUAAUAUGAUCUGUGGUGCUGAUUUCCCCUUCCUUGAUGCCUGUAGUGGAGGAAUACUCUAACAGGAAGGUGAAGUCUAGUGUUUGGCAAGGGAAAGACACAGGAAGAUCUGAAAAUAUAUCCGCAUUCUAGACAUUACCCACUGUUCUGUGUAUUAUAUACACUUUUCUCUACUGGCACAGGGUAAUUAUUUUAAAAGUUGCCAUCUGUACCUAUCAUGAGGCUCUUCUAGUGCCACCAACAAGUACACGUUUCAGUCAACACUGUCCUCCAUAGAAAAUAGGCAAGGAGGGACUUCCCUGGUGGCGCAGUGGUUAAGAAUCCGCCUGCCAUUGCAGGGAACACGGGUUCGAGCCCUAGUCCAGGAAGAUCCCACAUGCUGU